AUGUUGGCCGAUCCAACUCUUCGUUAUGCGGAUAUUCAAGCCUGUUGCUCUUGUCUUGGAUUUCGUGAGGGUGAUACAUACAAGAUAGAUACUGAUGCAGAAGUUUCCAUUCGCACUUUAUUGCGUUACUUACGAAAUGAAACUGCUGAAUGUGAUAUACGACGAGAACUUGGUCAACUCCGCAUUGUUUCCAGUGAUCUCAUACCUCUUCUCCGUUGUUGUAGCGGUAAUAAAACAUUGUUCGAACUGGUCAUUCGUCUUCUUAUGAAUUUGACUCAACCUGCAAUUGUAUGUUUUCGUCAAGAGAUACCAAAGGAUCGUGAUCUUUACAGUGCUUAUCUCCAGGUUGAUGAUUUACUGAAGUCAUACAAAAAAGACUUUGCAGACGAAGAGUUGUUCCGGGUUUUGUGCAAUUUGGUAGGCAGUUUGUUAGAUAGGAGUUGGGAGGAAAGGAGUGAAGAAGAUCGUCUUCUCAUUGAACGUAUUUUGAUUUUAAUACGUAAUGUACUUCAUAUCGCUCCUGAUGUUGUUGGCGAGCAGCGUACAGACGAAGAUGUUUCUGUACAUGACCAGAUUUUAUGGGCAAUGCAUUUGUCUGGGUGGGAUGAACUACUUUUGUUUCUUGCAAAUUCAGAUGAUGAACGAAUGUUCGCUUUUCAUACUCUUGAAAUCAUAUCACUGAUGUUAAGGGAACAGACACCUGAGUUACUUGCCUGUGCUGGAAACAAAGCAGAAACUAAAUCUGAGUUAAACACUCGGAGAAAACUUAUUGAAAGAUUGAAAAUUCGGGAUGAUGCUGAACGAAAGAAUUUUCUUUACGCUUGUAACCUAAGGCAAGCACGAUUUGGUGGUGCUUUUGAAUUAGUAAACACACCAUCUUUGAGUGAACGUCCACUGAUUUACCACCAUGAUAUUACCCAUACAGCCCAAAUGGCAACUGUAAUUUCUAAACAAUUGGACAGUUCUGUAGAUGUGGUGGAUAAUGUUGACAUCGUUGAAUUAGAUGUAGGAAAGCGAAAGUUCCGUAAGCCUAAACAUCGUAAACCUUUAGUUGACCGAUCAAUACAUCGGCGUUCCAUUUUGGCUGUCCAGUUAUAUCUUCAGGGUUUCUGUUGGCAAUUUUUAAAGUUCUGCUAUAAUCCAAUCAUGCGCGUUGUACAGUCAGGUUUAACUCGUCAAGCUACUCAGGAAAAUGAUGAAACUUAUUUCCUUUGGACAAUGCGAUUCUUUAUGGCAUUUUGUCGAGUUUAUCGAUUUCGGUCAGACUACAUCAGCGAAACUCUCAGUGUGCCAAUUUUUCAUUGGAUAUAUGAUCAAGUGAUAAAUUAUAAAGAACAUUUAGUUACCAAUAAACGUGGUGGCGCUUCAAAUCAACGUGCAAUGCAAGCAGCUCGACGUUUAGAACUUGCUGUAGCCUGUUAUAAAGAAUUUCUCACUUGCCUAAAUCGUAUGCUUCAUGUAACUGGAGAAGAUAAGACUAUUCAGCCAGGUGAUGAUGAAACACAAGAUGGUGUUGAAGAACGAUUACGUUCACAAGCUAAUGUUGCUGAGUCGAUUAUUGCUAAUGUAUUUUAUGUUGCUGAAUAUCAAGAAGUAUUCCCAAAUCUUUUGAGGGACUACAAUGAAAUAUUUAUGUCCAAAGACUAUUUGCGUGAUUUGGUUGAAGGUUCUCACUUAUUUAUAACUUUACUUUCCAACAAGAUCUGCGGUAGCAAUAAAAAAAUUAUUGUUAAACGUCGAAGAGUUCACCGAAGGAAAAAGCGUUCUUCUAAACCUAAAAAGGAAACUCGUAAAACAGCUAUCCUAAGUCAGGAACCUGAAGAUGUGAGAAUUAGCCGUCUCAAACAGCAAUGGUCUAAUCAGUUAGAAGGUCCCUUAAUAGAGAUUUUACUUGGAACAGUAUAUCAAGAGAGUGAACAGGAUGAAAGUGAUGAUGAAAUGAAUGAUACAAGACUCUUCGAUGCAACUACUGGAAACAGUGAAGAUCAACAGUUGAAAUCGGCCAUCCAUCGAGUUCAAGCUGCUUUAUUUGCGGGCUCAGCUAAAAGAGCCUUAUCAAUGGCUAAGAGAAUGUGGCGUCUUUGGCCAGAAGUUGCUCCAGUUUCAAUUGAGGAAGAUAAUUCAGCCAUUGAUGCUGGGCGUGCUGCAGGAUUACGGCCUGAAUGCUUGAAUGUAUUAGGGGCUUUACAGCAAAUUCAUAUGACUGAACUAGAGGAAGAAGAAGAAGAAGAGCGGGAGGCACUGAAUAAUUCUUCAUCGAAUAGUAGUGAUGGUGAUGACCUUUACAACGAAGAACUUGGCAUAAGUGAUUCAAAUGAUGAACUAGUUACUACUGAAAAAGAAGUAGUCCUAGACUUUAGUGCUUUUAUGCUCAAAUUUGUUCAUCCACGUGUUGUACAUGCUUACACUUUACUUUUAGAGAAUUACGAUAAUAAUCCUGAAUCAGUUAAUCAUGCAAUUGUACAUACUAUUCAUCGAUUGGCUGUAAAAGAAAGACUAACUGGUUGUUUCUUUCAAUUACGCUUAUUUCGAGUAUUUCAGAAAUUUUUACAUGAUCGUGCUUUAGCUACCUCGCCGGAAUUUAAAGAAUUAGCCAAUCUCAUUAAAUAUAUUUUAAGAAAAUUCUUUGAAGCUGAAGAGCGAAACAAUUAUAUUCUAAUUGAAACUCUUUUCUUUAAAACUCCUAAAGAAAGUUAUGAGACAGUCCAAGGAUAUGGUACUUUUGAGAGCAAUAAGAAAACUAUUCACUGGACCAGUGAACAUGAUAAAGAAUUAACUCAGCUAUUUGAAGCUUAUCGUCAUGAUCCUGUACCUUCUGGUAACGAUUUAGCUGACCUAUUAGUCAAACAUUUUUCCGAUUCCAGUAAAACUCGUCGACAAAUUGUUGCCAGAUUGAUUACAUUGGGCUUGAUUACAUCACUGAAACAACUCAAAGAAAUUACAGUUCGUCCCCCUAAACCUCUUAGUGGACGAAAUCGACGUUUGCUCAACAAUGGAGAAUCCAGUGAGUGGACUGAACAGGAGAUAGCUCGACUAAGGGACAUAGUCGAGUUACACAAAGGUUCAAAAAAUAUGCUAACUGAAAUCAUGAAUGAAAUAAAGGUAGACCAUGAUUUAGCUGUUCAACGUUGUUUGGGACAAGAAUUAAUUAUGAAUGAAAAUCAAUCGGACAAAUGUAUUCCACCUAUUCGUGCCAGACGUGUAAUAGCUGCUAAAAUUCUUGAACUUGAUGAUGAACGGUCUAUGGAUUCAUCAUAUGAAGAAGAAGCAAGUAGUUCACACAGCUCAGAUUCAGAAAAUAAAACAAAUAAAAGUACCACUCCUGAAUAUAUUAAUCAGUUGGUUGAAUCAGAUAGACCAUCUUAUCAAAUGGAACCCAUUACCUAUGUGAAUCAUACUCAAGAUGAUUAUAUCUCUGGAGCAGUUUCUCCAAACUCAGAAUUAGGGUCUCCGAAAAUCCCAGUUCAAAAGAGAAGGCGUCUAUUGUCCUCAGAUGAUGAAAAUGAAGACGGUCAUGAUACUUAUCAUUCAGAGUCAUUAUAAGCAGCUGAAGAGAAUCUGCAAAAUAAAUGGAUGUGUAUUAUUCUGCUAUGAUUGUUGUCAUUGCUUUAUUCAUAUCAAAAAGAUUUGAUCAGUAUUAUGGACUAGAUUAUACGAUAUUGAUCAUUGCCAAAUAAAAUCAACUACAGCUCAAACAACAACAUACUAACUUUACUGAUAACAGCACCGGGUGACGAAUUUUAUUCACUGAGUAGGGGACAGUCCCUUCAAGAUUACUGUCGUGGUAGAGAGAGUAUCGAAAAAAAGUUUAACUCUUGGGACUAAUUCACGGACUAACGUUAUUUAUACUUCUAUUGUAUAACUAGUAAAUAACUAUCGUAUUCCUAUAUAUCCUUUAUUGUAAGCCAACAAUGUGCCUACUGACUAUUGUUAUGUUUUACUGUUUCAUAAUUAUUGUUAAUGAAUUA